AUGAAGCCGGCCAUUAAGAAAGAAGAAGUAGUAAAGACUAUCUGUCCAGAAUGCAAGAAAGAAGCAACAGUUAGGAGCAUUGUUGUCAGAGAGACAAAGCCUUACAAGCGCAUUUCAUAUACAGAAUGCAAGGGCUGUGGCCUGAACGAAACCGCAGAAGAAGACAUUGAAGCCCUGGAUUAUGGAGUGAGUAUAACAUGUGAUUUUACGGACAAGUCUACUCUUCCAGACAAUAUCAGAAGAAUGGCGUUUGUCAACCACAAUUCCGAGGUAACCUUCUACCACAAUAAUAAAAAGGCGUUCUCGUUCAGUACAAUCAAUUCUAAUGUUGACUGCAUUGAAGGUGUAAUUCUCAGGGCGGUGGAGAUUGUUGAAGCAAAUAUUGUUGGGAAUCCAGCAUUGAAAGAUACUCUUAGCACCCUCAAUUCCCUCAAAAAGGAUGGAUUCAAAAUGACCAUUGCUGAUAAUACUGGAUACUCUAAGGUGUGCCCGGUGGGAAUGGAGUAUACCCAGGCCCAGGACAUGUCAUUUGAUGAUCUCAAUUCGAAGGACAAGACGGUGGCUCACAAAAAGACUCCCAAAGCAUCAAGUAAAUGA